AUGUCGAACGUUCAAAAGCAAGAACUUACGCUCUUCAGCGACCACUCAGUGCUUGCUGGGUCUUUGUUCGAGAAAGAUGAACACCAUGUCAUUCUAGUGACGCAUAAGCUGGGAACAUCUCCUUCCUGGCUUAUGAAUGCAUUGGUUGAAACUAAGGUUUUCGGAGCACCGCUUACUUUGAAUGAAUCGCACAACAGCGCUAUGAAUCGAGCUAGAACCAAAACUGCAUCGCUGGAAACUAGAAGAAUCGACAAUAGAAUUAAGAGAGCAGUUACCGUUGCAUCGUGGGUUCAUAGUGGUGAAUUUUACCACUCAGCUUUCGGAAAAUUGAAGAUCGAUCCUUCUAAUUACAUCAUCAAAGACUAUCUCACGGAUUUUGUGCUCAAACAUCAUGGGAAGCCAGCUAGUAGAGUUCUGAAGUCUCUAGUUCAAGAAUUGACGUCCACACAGUCACAUUCAGACCUGAUUCUACUAGAGCAGCCCGAGCUGCUGAUGCACUUACUGAAUAUCAGUAGCGACGAGCUCCAUCUAGACUUCAUAAACCCUCUUGCCCGAGCAGUACCGCUACUGAUUAUCAUCAGCUUCACAGAAUCGUACGAUAACCCAGGCACAGAGACUUCGGAACAGGUGCCAUGCGACGCGGUGGAGCAGAUUCGUUUUCAGACCGGGUGUGUUUUCAAAAGCAUCGCCGUCUUGGGAAUCAAACCGCUGGCCACAGGUCGCGCAAAGGACAUAACGGGAAUUUUGACCAUAAGUCGAGGCGGUGCGACAACUUCUCACCUGCCUGUUGACGUAGCCGAAAACGAAUACUUAUUCCAUACUCAGAAAGACACUACAAAGCUAUUUUAUCGUUAA